AUGCUGGCCGAUCGCAGAUGGGAUGCCCGGGGCCCGUGCAUUCGAGGCCGCGACGACGAAGACGACGACGACGACGAUGAUGGUGGUAGUGGGAUGAUGUUCAAUGCUCGAGAUAGCGCGAGGGCCAAAUCCACCCCGGCCAAUCCACCAUGGAUACUUACUUACACGCACACACACACAUACACAGACUUACUACACAAGCACACAUCCAUUCUUACACAUGUACACCCUAACAUACCACACACGCCCACUGCAGUGCCACGCUACCCUCCAUGUCUUGUCUGGUUCCAGGCUGCUGCUGCCACCGCUGCCGCCGCCGCCGCCCGGCUUGGUAGUCUGUGA